AAAUUUUCUCACACAAACGCUAAAAGGGAGAAAUGCCCUGUCACAUCCUUAACCAGUCCAUUUCCAUGUGGCCACUAUAGUAUUUUUCUUUCUUCAACGAUGGCCACCUCCUCCAAAAUCCCAAAUUCAAGCCUAGGGUUUUCUGAACUUCAAUUAACCCCUCCCGUUCUCUUAUGGAUUUCAAUCUACUCAGACGGAGGUUACAGUAAUUAUCUCAAAUUCAAUUGAAUUUUAUUAUGUUCUAUUCUUUUCAAAUACAUGGAACCACAGCAACAGCAGCAGCAGCGGAAGCAGGAAGUAGAGGAGUGUAGACCUUCUAUUCAAGAAGAUAAAGAGCAGCGGGGUUUUGACAAUUCUUUGCGUGGCGCAGACAUUAUGACCAUCGAUCAAUGCGAGACGAUUAGAGAAAUGGAUGAUUCGCAGCUCGUUGGACCUUCGCCUGCCGUCGCGGUAGUGACCCGAGAUGUUAAUAUGGUGGAUGUCCAGGUUGCAACUGUAGAAAAAGUUGCGGUUGCUGCUACGAGUACGGCCAAGCGGAAGCGCGGCCGGCCUCCCAGAAUUCAGGGGAAAACCGGGCCACAACCUCCGGCUUUGAAGAAGAAUGAAGAUGAGGAAGAUGUUUGUUUUAUUUGUUUUGAUGGUGGUAGCCUUGUGCUUUGUGAUCGCCGGGGUUGCCCAAAGGCAUAUCAUCCAGCUUGUAUCAAGAGGGACGAAGCAUUCUUUCGAUCAAAAGCUAAAUGGAAUUGUGGGUGGCAUAUAUGCAGCAGUUGUCAGAAGGCUUCACAUUAUAUGUGCUAUACUUGUACAUACUCCUUAUGCAAAGGAUGCACCAAAGAUGCUGAUUAUGUGUGUGUAAGAGGGAAUAAAGGUUUAUGUGGAACAUGCAUGAGAAUAAUAAUGCUGAUAGAAAAUAUUUCGCCUGCAAAUACUGAAAUGGUUCAAGUGGAUUUUGACGACAAAACUAGCUGGGAGUAUCUCUUUAAGGUGUACUGGGUUUACUUAAAAGCUAAGCUAUCUUUAACUAUAGAUGAGCUAACUAAAGCUAAAAAUCCUUGGAAGGGAGAUGAGCUGCCUAAAACUAGAAAUUCCUGGAAAGGAGCUUGCACUGGGUUUUCUAAGGAGGCAUCUUCAGUUGAAAUUUAUCAUGGCAAUAAUGAUAAAGGCUCUUGUUUGGACAGCUGCUAUGAAAAUGUUGAGGCAAAUCAUUCCAAGAGAAGAAAAACUAAGGAUGAAAAUAAAGUUCUCAAUGAGAUCAACUCUCCAUUGAUGGAAAAAUCAGAUGUUGGAAAAAUUGCAACUUUGCCUGAAGGAACAACAUGGGCAACAAAGGAGCUCUUGGAGUUUGUAGCACACAUGAAAAAUGGGGACACAUCUAUUCUAUCUCAGUUUGAUGUCCAAGGUCUUUUACUUGAAUACGUAAAAAGAAACAAUCUUCGUGAUCCUCAUCAGAAAUCUCAAAUUGUUUGUGAUUCAAGGCUCAUAACUCUGUUUGGAAAGCCACUAGUGGGUCAUUUUGAAAUGCUGAAGCUUCUUGAAUACCACUUUCUCAUAAAAGAAAAAUCUCCAGUUGAUGAUGCUGAUGGUGGCCAGUUAGAGGCUGCUGGAAGCAAUGAUAGUCAACCGAUUGUGAGUAAUGACAGAAGGCGUAAAAUACGUAAAAAGAUGGAUGAGAGGGGACCUCUGAUUAAUCCAAAUCCAGAUGAAUACGCAGCAAUAGAUGUUCACAAUAUUAAUUUGUUGUACUUAAAGCGUAAUUUGGUAGAGAACCUAAUGGAUGACUUUGAAAAGUUUCAUGAAAAGGUUGUUGGGUCAUUUGUGCGAAUUAGAAUUUCAGGUGGUGAUCAAAAGCAAGAUAUGUAUAGACUUGUCCAAGUUGUAGGUACUAGCAAGGCGGCUGAAUCAUAUGAAGUUGGCACAAGAACAACUAAUAUCAUGCUUGAGAUAUUAAAUUUGGAAAAGAAAGAGGUUAUAUCGAUUGAUGGAAUAUCAAGUCAGGAGUUUUCAGAGGAUGAAUGCAGACGUUUACGCCAGUGUGUAAAAUGUGGGCUUAUCAAACGGUUGAAAGUGGGUGAGAUUCAGGAAAAGACAAUGGCACUUCAACAUGUCAAAGUCAGUGAUGUGAGUUCCAGCUUGUGGUUGGAAGCAGAGAUAUCGCGGCUUAACCAUCUUCGUGAUCGAGCUAGUGAGAAGGGACUUAGGAAAGAGCUUAGAGAAUGUGUGGAAAAAUUAGAGCUUCUGAAGUCGCCCAAAGAACGCGAGCGCAGGCUACAUGAGAUUCCCAACAUACACUUAGACCCAAAUAUGGAUCCAAGUGUUGAAUCUGAAGAUGCUGGAGAAUCAGAUGAAAAGAAACAAGGUUACCAUGUGAGAUCAAGAUUAUCUAGCGAUGGAAGAAAAGGUGUAGAGCUUAAUUCUUCACCGAGAGAAGUUGAUGAGAUUGCUGUAGGAGACAGUGCGGAAAAGGAUUUAGCUCCUGCUUGUGAACGAAAUAAAAGAAUAUGCACAUUUUUUGUGGAUAGGGAUGGUACCACUCGGGUUUGUAAGAGAGUUGGUGAAGGUGAAUCCACAUGGAGUCAUGAUGGAGGAGCAUUCGGGCGAAAUAAUCAUGAUACAUCAAGGAACCAGUUAGAUGCUACUGGCUUAGCAUCCAGUGAUUGGAAUGGUCGGGCACUCGUGCAAUCUGAAUCACUUCCCGGGGUUGUUAUACCAUCGCCUCUUUGUUCUGGGAGAGAGCAUUCUGCUAGUGAUAUUGAGACGGAAAAACUGUGGCACUAUGAGGAUCCAUUUGGAAAACAUCAAGGGCCAUUCUCCAUGAUCCAGCUGCGUAAAUGGAAUGCAAGUGGGCUUUUUCCUCCUGAUUUCAGAGUAUGGAGGAUAGAUGAAAAGCAAGAUGACUCUAUUCUUUUGACCGAGGCAUUGGUUGGCCAGCUCCCUGAAGAGCCACCACAGCAUUGCAAUAGUACUUUACUGCCUCAGGAAGCAACAGUUGCUUCUAAUGAUGCAGUUAAAAAGUGGGAAGAUGGGCUCAGUCAGAGUAGUCAUGUGACUUGGAUAGAUGGCAAAGGAGUUGAUCAUGACAAGAAGCCAGUGCAAAAUGGUGAUAAUGACCUUGUAAGGUGUAAUGAGUUGGGCUCCCAUUCUUCCACGUGGACUAAGGCUGUGGAUGUUGCGAUUACCAAUGAUGCACCGGCGAAAAAUUCCUUACAAAGCUGGGAUUUGCCCCAAGAGGGCAAGUCUUGGGUUGGCACUUCACCUUCAUCUUCUGGGAAGCUUUUUGAAUCUCUAUCCCUUCAAGCAAGGGAAGGGCAUGGGGAUGAAAAACUGAGUUCCAAUCCAUGCCAUGCAGAUGAGAAUUCAUACAGAAGCUCUGUGCAAACUAGUACCAGAGGGAGAGAUGAGAAAUGUAAACUAGCUGACAAUGAGGGUUACUCGAGCCAAUCCUCUGGACAUAACUGGGGACCUCAGCCCAUAAGCAGUUCCUCAAGUGGACGGGAUUCCAACUCUAUUUUUGUGUCUGCAGCCAAGUCUCCUGAGAAAUCUGAGCAGAAUCAGAAAGUAGGUUUAUCUGAUCUACCUAGUCCAACAGCAAAGCAUGGGGAUGGAGAGUUGAAAGGUCAGGCUACUGAUAACAAACUGUCUGUUGGUUCAGAUGUUCCUGUCCAGGAUUCAGGGCCUAGUUGGAGCACUGCUUCCAGUUUAGUGGUUGGCGGUGGACAGCUUUGUGAAGUUGCUGGUGACUGGGGUGGCUAUUCUUGUAGUCUUGCCAAACCUUUUGUUGAAUCAAAUCUUGUAAAUGCAUCGUCACUGAAACCAACUGAAGGGGUCGGUGAUCAUGCUGCUACUCCGACUUCAGCGUCUGGCCAACUGAUGCAUUCUUCCCCACAUCACCCCACAAUUGAUACAUCUGCUUGGCAGCCGAUUGUUCCUGAACCCAACGAGUUCUGCUCUUUGGUUGAUGAAUCUGUUUCAGAUCUGUUGGCUGAAGUUGAAGCAAUGGAAUCCCUUGGUGGAUUACCUUCUCCUACUUCAAAAAUGAGCUGUGGUGGGGAACUGACACCUGGUUCUGAUGAUGAUUGCUUUAGUCCUGUUGAGCCAUUCAGCCCAGCACCUGAUCAAGGGAGAAGUGACGCAUUGAGCUCCACUAGUGAUGUACAAAUUCCUUCUCAGUUGACUGCAUCCAAUAUGCCACCGCAUUCUGUUGCACCAGAUGAGCCUCUCAGGGCAUCUCCAAUGCCUUCUCAGUCUACUGUAACAGAGGAGCCACUUGGGUUGUGGCAGACUGAUGUUCUUAAUCCUCAAAAUAGCUUUAGUGGGCAUUCGUCGUCAAGUGCUGAAGUUGAGGGAGAUGCAAAGCCUAGUGAUGUUUCUGUUAACCAAUGGGAAACACGUUCAGAUUUAGAACCACUGGCAUCUUCAGCAGUUAACCAAGGUGAAGCAGGUUCAAACAUCUGGGCUCCUACUCCAUCAGCAGUUAGACAAUUGGAAGCUGGUUCUGACACACAGCAUUCUGCAUCUUCAACAGCAGAUGCUAGCUCGGGAACUGUAAAAGGAAAGGGAAACUUGAAUAGAGUAGAACCUCAAGGAAGUGCAGGCAUGGCAUGGGGAACUGGUCAUGGGUCAGCUCAGCAACAAGCUAAUUCAAAUCCAGCCAUUUCUACGAAUAAUGUAGGCAGUUGGGGAAGCCAACCAAGAAAUGGUGGGGACAACAGGUAUAGUGGUACAAGAGACCACCGUAAUCACUAUUCUCAAGGUAGAGAUUCAGGUUAUGUUAGGGAUAGAUCGUCAUGGAACAGGCAGUCGACAUAUGGUUUUGGAGGAGGAGGAGGAGGAGGUUCAUUCAAGCCUCAGGGUAAAGGGCAGCGAGUAUGUAAAUUUUACGAAAGUGGGUACUGCAAGAAGGGGGCAUCAUGUAGUUAUUGGCACCCAUCAUAAUUAUUAAAAUCCAGUUUCCACACAAUUGUUGUGCAAUGAGUUAUGUAAUCACCAACUGUAUUAGGAAGUUUGGGCAUGUCAACCUUCUAAUUUAACAUGUAAAAGUAUUAAAGUGGCAUAGCAUUUGUUCUUUGGAUAGUGCAGUUUAGAGCUGCGUGUUGCAGCAUAUAUAAAAUUCUUUUUUUCCUUUUA